GCAUUAAUCUCUCGUUUCCCCAAACAAAAGAUCACGACUCCGCAGCUACAAUGGAUUACUCCGACCCCAACGCAUUCACCCUACCCUACCAGUUGACCAAGCAAAUCCGCCGUGAUGUCUAUCCACUGCUGGAGCCAACGCAGCCAGAGCUUUCAGCAAAAGGAAAGACAGUACUCAUCACAGGCGUUUCCGGAGGCAUAGGCAAGGCCAUCGCCGAAUCAUGGGCCACCGCGGGAGCUUCUGGAAUCGUGAUUACUGGACGGAAAGCCGAUGUGCUUGAGAGCGUCGCCAAGUCACUCAAGAGUCUUGCCCCAUCCGACACCAAAGUCCUCGCCAAGGCAGCCGACAUCACUGACGAAGCAUCGGUCGCGGCGCUCUUCGCCGCUGCCAAAGAGGCGGUCGGCAAGAUCGAUGUGCUGAUCAACAACGCAGGCAGUCUAGGAGGGGGCAUGGUGGGUAGCACCGAACCUAAGGACUUCUUCGCGGACUUCCAGGUAAACGUUCUGGGCACGUACAUAGUGACGCACCAAUUCCUCGCCCAGGCAGACGGAUCUGGUACUGUCAUCAGCUUCACAACAGGCGCCAUCGCCAAUGUUUUCCCAGGUAUGGGAGCCUACACGGCGUCCAAGACGGCCCUUACCCGCAUCAUGGAAAAUCUGCACGCCGAGCAGCCAAACAUUCGUGUUUUCCAGCUCAUUCCGGGAAUUGUUCUAACGGGAAUGACGGUCGAUGCGUUGAAGCCGUUUGCGAAGGACACUCCCGAGCUCAGUGCCAGCUGGACACUCUUCCUGUCUACCCCUCGCGCCGAAUGGUUGCGUGGCGGCAUAGUCAGCGUCAACUGGGAUGUCGAGGAGAUGGAGGCCCACAAGGAUGAAAUUGUUCGUGACAACUUGCUCAGCCGCGCUUUCUUGAACGCCAAGCUCGGAAAGGAUGGCCAUCCCUGGUCUUGAAGGGGCAGAUGAGUGUAACGAGAUGUAUACUAUUUGACUGAUACGGUCUUACUCGAAGUUAUGAGACCAGGCAAAAUCUUAAGGCGCUCUUGGUUGCCUAUGAGUGGCCCGGGAGGACGAGACUCAGGAUAUUGAUGACUCCGAUGUAGCUAUAAACCAUCAUGGUACUUCCCUUAACUUUACAUCUUAUCCUGCUGUACGUUUUAAUGUCUCUCGUCCUGUGUUCUGUCUACAGUCACCUGUAAACGGUAUGUCAAUGAUCAUGACGAGAUGCGUCUUCGCCUGGUUAGUCUAGCAGAUUGCGCGUCAGCAGAUGGAGCAGCGAGAAUGCCAAGUUAUUCCCACCCGC